GAUGGCGCUAAAUCGUUAAUCAUCGUCAUCAAAAGACAAAAUGUCUGAUCAGCCAGAUGUGUUGACAAAAUCAGAUAUCGCUACAAUUUUCAAACGUUUGCGUUCUAUUCCGUCUAAUAAGAUAUGUUUUGAUUGUGGGGCAAAGAAUCCAACAUGGGCCAGUGUAACUUUUGGUGUUUUUAUAUGCAUGGACUGUUCAGCUAUACAUAGAUCACUAGGAGUUCAUGUGUCGUUUGUACGAUCGACUCAACUGGACACUUCGUGGACUUGGCAACAGAUAAGGGCUAUGCAAGUUGGUGGAAAUGCUAAUGCUGUAAGUUUUUUAAUACAUUUUUGUAUUGCCGAACAUGUAAAUUUGCUUAAUUUGAAUGCUGGAAUGAUUGUUGAUGCAUGCUGGGAACAGCUGUUGGGUCCAUCAGUUGAACAUUUAGGCACUUCACCAGUACAGAAUGAACCAAGAAAAUCAAUAAUUGCUGCUAGGAAACCAGCUUCUAAAAAGGGGUUGGGAACCAAAAAAGGAUUAGGUGCUCAGAAAGUUAAAACAGACUUUUCUGAAAUAGAAAAAGAAGCACAACAAACUGAUCAAUUAAAAGAACAGCUGUCUGCCAAACAAAAUACCAAGAUUUCAAAGGAAACAGAGGAGAAACAACUAGUUUCAGUGCGUUUAGCCUAUCAAGAUCUUAGCUUAAAAAAGAAACAAACAGAAGAAAAAAUUCGUCAGGUCGAUCCUCGCAAAGCCGAACAGCUUGAGAGAUUAGGAAUGGGAUUUUCUAGUUCUUCACAUGGAGACGUAUCUCAUUCGGCUGCUUCCAAUAUGACUACAAUUACACAAGAUAAUCCAUCUUCAGGUGGAAGAGAGAAAGAGAGAGAUUUUGAUGAUGAUUUUGAAUUUGUUAGCUUCACAUCAGGACCACCAAAGUAUGGAGAUAGCCCAUUCUUUUCACAUUCAGAAGAUAAAGCUUUCUCAGAUUAUUUGAAAAAAGGGCCUUGGGAUGUAGAAAAAUCUGAUACAAAAAAGUCAACAACAGAAACGAUACUUCCUUUAGAAAAAAAUAAUAGUUAUUUUUCAGGUCGAAACAGAAAAGAAAUAGUAACAUCAUCAUCAUCUACCGACGAAGCUCAACGUAAAUUUGGUAAUGCAAAGGCUAUUUCUUCGGAUCAGUUUUUUAAUAAUAAUUUUGAUUCAGAAUAUCAGAGAAAAUCAAAUCUCUCACGUUUCGAGGGAUCAAGCAGUAUUUCUAGUGAAGAUUUCUUUGGAGAAUCAACUAGGAGUCCAACUCAUAGUUAUAGUGGUCCUAAUAUGUAUGAUAUUAAAGAAGGUGUUAAAGAUGGAGUAACUAAAGUUGCUUCAAGACUUUCAAAUAUUGCUAAUGGUGUGAUGAGCUCGUUACAGGAACAUUAUAGUUAUUAGUGCCACAAAUUUUUGGAUAAAGGAAACACAGCUGAUCAGCGAACACGGUGAAAGUUUACGAAUUCUUUACAUAAAGAUGUUCACACAAUGGUUGGAUCGUUUUCAGUUUUAAAAAAUCUUAUGGCAAUUUCAGAUUUGUUGAUGAAAUAUAUAAUGCUAGGUAUGGUAACUUCCAGAUGCUGUAGAGUUAAUUUGAAAAUAAGACUGUUUAAGGAUAUUAAAAAUAUGUUAUGUUUGAUUUUGGGGAAAAAUGAAAUUUUUUUUCUAAUCUUACAUAAUUCUUUCUAAUUAUUUGUAUAUUAAAGCUGAUGAA